UUCACCCGCAAAGCUGGUAUGCAAAAGAAACGACAACCUGUAGUAGAACAAGGAACGAACAAUUCUGAAGUUGACUUUGAGUGGAUUCCCAGGGAGAUCCUCAAGCAGAACGAGAAGAAGUCUCCUAAACCAGGCUCACCUCGCAACAAUAACAAUGGUAAAACGAAGAAAACCAACUAG